AACCCGGAUGUGAUAGGCCAUGUGCAGUCCCGUCUCUGGAGCUGCUUCUCAGCACACGGUUUGUCCUUUUCCCUCCUCACGGUGCAACAUCCAGACCUGCAGACCUGCAGCUCGUCCUGCCACAGACUCUUUUACCUCACAGAGAUGUUCCGUCUACCAGCCGUCAUGAAGCAGGUGCGGCCCGUGUGCCGGGCGCUCGCUCCUCACCUCACACGCUGCUACGCCAAGGACGUCAAGUUCGGCGCUGACGCCCGCGCCCUCAUGCUGCAGGGCGUCGACCUGCUGGCCGACGCCGUGGCCGUCACCAUGGGACCCAAGGGUCGCACCGUCAUCAUCGAGCAGAGCUGGGGCAGCCCCAAGGUCACCAAGGACGGCGUGACAGUCGCCAAGAGCAUCGACCUGAAGGACAAGUACAAGAACAUCGGCGCCAAGCUGGUGCAGGACGUGGCCAACAACACCAACGAGGAGGCCGGCGACGGCACCACCACCGCCACCGUGCUGGCCCGCGCCAUCGCCAAGGAGGGCUUCGACAGCAUCAGCAAGGGCGCCAACCCCGUGGAGAUCCGCCGCGGCGUCAUGAUGGCCGUGGAGACCGUCAUCAACGAGCUGAAGAACCUCUCAAAGCCGGUGACCACGCCCGAGGAGAUCGCACAGGUUGCUACGAUCUCGGCCAACGGAGACGUGGAGGUCGGGACUCUGAUCUCUGACGCCAUGAAGAAGGUCGGCCGCAAAGGAGUCAUCACGGUGAAGGAUGGAAAAACUCUGCACGACGAGCUGGAGCUGAUCGAAGGCAUGAAGUUCGACCGAGGAUACAUCUCUCCCUACUUCAUCAACACCGCCAAAGGUCAGAAGGUGGAGUUCCAGGACGCCUACCUGCUGCUGAGUGAGAAGAAGAUCUCCAGCGUUCAGAGCAUCGUUCCUGCUCUGGAGCUCGCCAACCAGCACCGCAAACCGCUGGUGAUCGUGGCGGAGGACGUGGACGGGGAGGCGCUCAGCACGCUCGUCCUCAACAGGCUGAAGGUGGGGCUGCAGGUUGUGGCUGUUAAAGCUCCAGGAUUCGGAGACAACAGAAAGAAUCAGCUGAAGGACAUGGCUGUUGCCACCGGUGGCACCGUGUUUGGGGACGAGGCCGUCGGUCUGGCCCUCGAGGACAUCCAGGCUCACGACUUCGGGAAGGUUGGCGAGGUGCAGAUCACCAAAGACGACUCUCUGCUGCUGAAGGGCGGCGGCAACCCGGCGGAGCUGGAGAAGCGGGCGGAGGAGAUCGUGGAGCAGCUGGAGAACACGACCAGCGACUACGAGAAGGAGAAGCUCAACGAGAGGCUCGCCAAGCUGUCGGACGGCGUCGCCGUGCUGAAGAUCGGAGGAACGAGUGACGUGGAGGUGAAUGAGAAGAAGGACCGCGUGACAGACGCUCUGAACGCCACACGGGCCGCGGUGGAGGAGGGCAUCGUGCCGGGCGGAGGCUGCGCUCUGCUGCGCUGCAUCCCGUCGCUGGACACCAUCAAGACCGUCAACAACGACCAGAAGCUGGGUGUGGAGAUCAUCAGACGGGCACUGCGUAUCCCCGCCAUGACCAUCGCCAAGAACGCCGGCGUGGAGGGUUCUCUAGUGGUGGAGAAGAUCCUGCAGGGCGGCGCCGAGCUCGGCUAUGACGCCAUGCAGGGAGAGUACGUGGACAUGGUGGAGAAGGGCAUCAUCGACCCCACUAAGGUGGUGAGGACGGCUCUGCUGGACGCCGCCGGAGUCGCCUCGCUGCUGUCCACCGCCGAGGCCGUCGUCACGGAGAUCCCCAAGGAGGAGAAGGAGAUGCCGGGAGGAAUGGGAGGCAUGGGAGGCAUGGGCGGCAUGGGAGGGAUGGGAGGCGGCAUGGGCUUCUAAAGCCGCUCCUCCUGAGCCGCCGCACAGACUAAAGCAGGCAGAGAGGAGCUGGGGGAGGAGGAGACGACGGCACCUCCUCCUCCAAACUCUGCCUAGAAACACAAACUGACGAGUACGAAGGAGCUGCACAUGUUUAAUGCCACCACCCUCCUCCUCCUCCUCCUCCUCCUCCUCCUGCUGCCAUCCUUCCACUACAUCCGUUCGUCCGGAGGUUUUUCUGCAGGAGGCGAAAACGAUCGACGGGAAGAAACGCUGAUACAGAUUUACAUUAAAGAUUAAAGAACGUAUAAAACAUAUUGAUGCUGUAUUACUGCAAAAAAAAAGCAGAAAAGAUGCCUAGCCACGAUUGUUUCCUCUCUAUUUCUGUCGUAGUGUUUUUGUUAAUUCUUGUUUUUUAUAUAUAUAUAUAUAAAUAUGUUCUGUUUUGUUUCUCCCCCCGAGCUAAUAUUCUGUGUUUAAAAUCUGUCAUUUGAGUUAAUUAAACUAAUUUUCUUUACAGAGUUUUGAGCUUUUUUCUGUCCCUGUGCCUAAGUGUCACCAGAGGCCUGUUUGAAUAAUGUUUAAACAGUUAAAAUGUUUACAGAGAUGUCUGUGUGCAGCAGCGUGAGUUUCUUCUGAUCAUCCACGAUUGAUUGAUUGAUUGAUUGAUUGAUUGGUUGUGAGGCAGUUUUUGGAUCAUUCCAGGUCUGGGCUACAUGUGAAGCUCUGUGGCGUCUUUGUGCUGUUUUUUUCCUCCUGCUCUUUAACAACGAGACAGAAAACUUCAGAGAUUUAUUCACAUUAAACACGGGCAGAUAGCAGCGAUCAUUCGACUUCUGUUUUGUACGAUGUAGACGGUGAUUCAUGGUGAUUUUUCUUUAUUUUUUAUUUAAUAAAUUCAAUUGUUCAGA